AUGGUGGAUGCAACAAUUUCUACCAUCACUUGCUCUGGUUUCAGUUUCUCGCAAAAUCCAAUCAAUACCUCACAUCUCUCUUCCCUCCAGAAACUCUGCAAACCCAAACGGAGUUGUAUCUCAUUCUCACUCACCGACCUUUAUUUCCCAAGUCCUCGCCUUUUGUUCGGAAAUGGCCGCCACCUAAAGACCUCUUAUAGUCCCAAAGUCUCCUCCCAGAGUCUCUCCACCAUCCCCGUCCCCAGCAAGAACUACGAGUUUCUUGAUGGUUCUUCUGAGGUGGAAUUGAGAUUACAGCUUGGGGGUCAAAAUAUCCAAAGCACUAGAGAUAUUUUUGUGGAUGCAAAUGGCACCUCAUUGACAAUAAAAGUACAGCACUCUGGGUCUCUUAUCACACUUAUGGAAACUAAUCAUCUGUUUGAUAAAAUAAAGCCUGCUGAAACAAUAUGGUAUAUAGAUGAUGAUGAGCUAGUUAUAAACUUGAAAAAGCAGGAUCCAGAUUUGAAAUGGCCUGAUAUUAUGGAGUCCUGGGAGUCUCUGACACUGGGAUCUAUGCAACUUCUGAAAGGAGCAUCAAUUUACAUUGUUGGGGAUUCAACUGAAAUCAACCAGAAAGUGGCUCAAGAACUUGCAGUUGGUCUUGGAUAUACACCACUGAGUACGAAGGAGUUGCUGGAAACAUUUGCCAAGCAGAGCAUUGAUUCAUGGCUGCUGGCUGAAGGUUCUGACUCUCUAUCAGAAGCAGAAAGUGCUAUAUUACAAAGUUUAAGUAGUCAUGUUCGAGCAGUAGUUGCAACAUUAGGAGGGCAGCAGGGAGCUGCUAGAAGGGCUGGUAAAUGGCGCCAUCUUUAUGCAGGAUUUACUGUCUGGCUGUCCCAAACUGAAGCUACAGAUGAAGAUUCAGCAAAGGAAGAGGCCAGGAGUCAUUUUAAAGAUGGCAGACUAGCUUACUCAAACGCAGACGUGGUUGUCAAGCUACAUGGUUGGGAUACAGAUCAUACUAAAAGUGUGGCUGAGGGAUGCUUGAGUGCCCUUAAACAAUUAAUUCUAUCAGACAAGAAACUUCCAGGUAAGAAGAGCCUCUACAUAAGGUUGGGCUGCCGAGGUGACUGGCCAAACAUCAAGCCUCCUGGUUGGGAUCCAUCAGCUGGAGAUGAUGUUUCUCCUAGUGGAUUCUAA